UAAUGAGCAAAUUCCAUCUACUAGCCAGAUAUCCCCUAGGUACAAAACAACAGAUAGAAAAUUACCUCGGCACCGUCAAACUCUUAACAACGGAAGUAAACAACAUAUGCAACCGGUGUACAGGAUGGCAGCUCAACUACCGCAACCUCACUACUCGACCCCGUCCAACAAUUAUCUGUCAGGGGAUGGAAAAUCUCUAGUAUAUGAAGGGUCUGGAUACUAUGUACCGUCAGAGAGAGGGCGCUGGAUAAAAUACAGUGACUACAGAUCGUUGCCCCAGGAGGCCAGAAGGGAUGCUAUCGACAUGCAGUCUGAGGAUCAGUUUGUUGAAUUCAUGAGACAGAGAGAUACGCCCUCUGGCUACUACCACAAAAACAUUGGUUUGAAACAGAGCGGCACUCCUGCCUUACGUCUCGGAGGGUACACACGACAGCUACCCUCUAUGCCCCCUAAAGACGUUUUCCAAAACCCCUGGCCCAAGAGUGAUGCCUGGGUGCCCAUACAGAGAGAGGGACGUGGAGAAUAUUAUGGAUAUUACCAUGAAGCGAUUGAUGCCGAGCGCGAACGGAGACGCAAGGAGUUUCCAACCAGCUGGAGGAUUGAACCUAGAGAUGUGCCAAAACUUUAGAUUCCGUUUCUUUGGAUCACAGCAGAAUUACUGCAUGAUUAUUCUGUUUUAGAAGGUUCUACUUCACACAACUUUGAAAUGUUGUUUGUACAUAAAUGUACGAUCUAUUAUCUAUUCUAGAAAAUAAAUGCCAGAGGACUAUCAAAUAAGAAAGCUUACAAAACCAUGAAAUAUUUGAUCAAAUGGAGGACUGUCUAAAUGUACAAUGACUCACACCUACUGCUAUUAAAUUACUGCUCUAGACAAAUCUAUCAAAGAAAUAAGGCAAAAGCAAAUGUUUUAUGAAUAUCAUUUUCACUGCCAUGUUUAUUACGCUACCUGUGUUAUCAAUAUUUUCCAGGUUCAAAAUUUGGUAUUCUUAUAAGAAAUAUUACAGUGUUUGAGGUAGAAAAAAACUAUGCAUUGUUCUGACAAUGAAACAGUAUUAAUCAUAUGGAUGUUAAUUAAUCUGUAUAUAAAUUGACUUUUUGCUAAAUGUAAUCUUUAUUUUGCACGAUAUUUUUUAUCUAAACUUGCUUGGUUUUUUUUAAAUAUCUCUGGACAAAACACUCUUCAUUCAAAUUUUUGGACAGUCCUUGGUUUCAGUUAUCAUUAAUUUCUCACAAGAUGUACAUUCGAGAUAAAAAAAACAAUCUACAUUUUCUUUCUUAUAACUGAUGUGAAAAUAUUGCACCUUAAACUAGGUCAUUGCAAAACAUUUUUUAUUCAGUAAAAGUCCAAGGUGCAUCUUAUGAGUGAGUGCACACUUAAGGCAAAGACGGAUGGUGACCGGUAUAUCAGUCCAGAAAGCACUCCUGUUGCACAGAGCAGUUAAACCACUGUAUAGAAUAUUGGUGUGGUUUAAAAUACCAAAUACCACUGAAGUUAUCCAUAGUAUAAUAUUCAUCUUACAAGUUUCUUAAAAAAUAUAACCAAGUUCAAAAAUUCGAAUAAGUUUAUUUUUUCCAUAUCUUUUUAUUUCAUUUUGUUAACAGCUGACAUGCUAUCAGCUUUGAGCUGGUUGUUACAGUAUUUUAUACAGUAUUAGAGUUUUUGUUUUGUUUCACAUGCUUUGUUACUUUCCUGGUACUGUUUAUACUUGUUCACAUAUACAAUAAACUCAAAAAUUAUAAACAAUA